UGAGCGAACGUCAGCGGUAAUAUCUGUCGGUAGCGCGUUUGACUAUCUAUUGCCUGUAAUUUGGAACAGUUUGCUUUAAAACGUUGAACGCGCACAACACACAAUCACUGAACUUAUUUUAUCGCGCAGAAGCCGACUAUUCAAUUUGAUUACCGUUCAUUCAUUCUCUGCCGCAAAUUAUUCCAAUUCAAAUUGCAAACGAAUCCAACAAAGUGUAUGAACUGAAAGAAGAGAACAAUCAGUGCCAACUUUUUUUUUUCAAUUCAUACACGAAAAAAAAAGACAGUUCUCGAAAUUAGAUCGGCAUUCAUACGCGUAAAUAUUUUGCGCUAUUCACUUGAUUAGCACACAAAGAAAGUGCGAAUGCACUCGUUGGCUGUUUGUUAGUUUUCUAUUAUUUUUUUUUUCAUGUUAAAAAACUCUUACCAAACCGUACAACCGUAAAGCUAAAUGUAAUUGUGUUUGAGGUGCAGCGAUGCUGUUGCCACUUGUGCACUAGAUCAGUAGAGCAAUCGUGGACUAUAAUCCACACAAAACGGUUUGGUUUCAGAGUCGGCGUGCAAUUUUUUUUUGCUAGUAAAAUACAGUGAAAAUGGAUUUUAUUCUGUCGAAAAUCAUUAGCCGUUCGACGCAAAGUGUUCACGAUAACUGUGAUAUCACAACAAUCGAUGCAGCCGCCGAUUUUCUACCCAAAACUCUAACCGACAAUGGAUUUUGUGACGAUACGCCAUUGUCAUCCGAUAUUGAUACGAACAAAUCACCCAGUGGUGGCAACCACGUUUCGGCUAAAAGCUCAUUAGCUCUCGGCUCGGAUAUUAGUGGCAUUGAUGCCGACAACACUCAGUCAUCCGGAUUCGAUACAACCAUUGACACAAGCUACAAAAUUCAAAAUCCAAAUGAAACGUUCGGCGAUCUGCUCAAUGGAUUUGGAGAGUUAAAAUUGAAUACACCACAACGCUUAAAACCAAGCAAUAUUGAUGCAAAUAAUUCGCUGUCAUCAGACGAUGAAUUGUUUCAAGAGUGUGAAAAUGGCUUUGAUGUGGAUUCGACAGCUGUGAUGCCAAAUGUCACAUCGGUUCGCGCACACUCAUCGAAUAUUGAUCACAAUGCGUUUGAUAAAACCAUCAAUUUUUCGUCGAUCACAGCAAAUUCGACAGCUGGCCUGGCAACCACGUCCGAUGUAUCGAUGCCGAAUGAAAAAAGUGACAUUCUUUUCCAAUCCGGCUUUGACGAGCAUACGAUAAAUGGCGAAAGUGUUUCGAGCACACAUGCAAACUCAGUCAUCCAGUCGAAUGCCGUUGAAAGUGUUCUGGAAGUGCCGAGCGUUGAAAGUUUUGCCAAAACACAGGAAGAGAUGGUUCGUGUUGAGGAAAAACCCGCUCAGAUUGAACCUGUCGUCGCAGAGUUGGUUGAAACUGAAAAAGUAGCUGAUGUUGAUCAAACAGCUACCGCACUUUGUCAGGAAGAACCCAAAACCACAGUUUUAUUGAAUCAAACCGUUGAUAUGAAUGUGACUGCUUCAGGUCAAUCCGAUGGUGCUAACGAUACAAACGAAUCACCGGCUGAUUUCAAUCAAACUCUCGAAGUGACGCCAAAUGUUGCAUCAGAUCGCGCGCACUCAUCAAAUGUUGAUUCGAAUAUGUUUGAUAAAACCAUCAAUUGUUCGUCGAUCGCAGCGAAUUCGACAGCUGGCCUAGCAACUACACCCGAUGUGUCGAUAUCAUUGCCGACCGAUAACAGCGAUAUCCUUUCUCAAACGGGAGUUGCCGAUCAAACAAUAAAUGGCGAAAGUAUUUCGAGCACACAUGCAAACUCAGUCAUCCAGUCAAACGACGUUGACAGUGUUCCUGAUGUGUCUAAUGACGAAAGUUUGACCAAGCCACAGGAAGAAGUGAUUCGUGUUGAGGAACAAUUCAAGGCUGAAGUCGUAGUCGAAGAGCAUGUUGAAACUACAACAGAAAUAGUAGCUGAUGUUGAUCAAAUUGCUGAUGCAUCAUCACAGGAAGAACCAAAAACUACAGUUUUAUUGAAUCAAACUGUUGAUAUGAAUAUGGAUGCUUCGAGCCAAUCCGAUGGUGUCAACGAUGCAAACGAAUCACCGGAUGAUUUCAAUCAAACUCCUGAGUUGACACCAAAUGUUACAUCGGAUUUCGCACACUCAUCAAAUGUUGAUUCGAAUGUAUUUGACAAAACCAUCAAUUGUUUGUCGAUCACAUCGAAUUCAACACAUGAACUGGCUACCACGUCCGAUGUAUCGUUGCCGAAUGAAAAAAGUGACAUUCUUUUCCAAUCGGGCUUUGGCGAUCUAACGAUAAAUGGUGAAAUUAUUUCGAGCACACAUGCAAACUCAGUCGUCCAGUCAAAUGUUGAAAGUGUUCUGGAAGUGCUGAGCGUUGAUAGUUUUGCCAAAACACAGGAAGAGAUGGUUCGUACUGAGGAACAACCCGCUCAGAUUGAAACUGUCGUCGCAGAGCUGGUUGAAACUGAAAAAGUAGCUGAUGUUGAUCAAACAGCUAUCGCGAUUUCGCAGGAAGAACCAAAAACCACAGUUUUUCUAAAUCAAACCAUCGAUUUGUUCAGUGCAAAUAUGAAUGUGACUCCGCCGAGCCAACAAUAUAAUUGUGUCAACGAAACGUUCGUUCAAAACAGUUCACCAACACUUUUCAAUCAAACCCACAACGUGAGCAAAGAUUUCCUUUCGUCGACUCGCCAUUUCGAUGCUAACAACAAAAACGUGACCAUGUUGCCAAAGUUCAAUUCAAACGAAACCGUUGUCGUCGAUAAUAAGUUACCAACAAUCAAUACGAGUUUCGUUGUUUCGCCAAAGGUAGCCGAGCCGCAAUCGAAUCAAUUGAAUGAAACAUUUGAAACUGCACAUGAGCAGAAAGAAGUCACAUUCAAAUUGCCAGCAAAGCCAACAAAGACAACCAAUCCAUUCGAAAUGAAAAAUCAAGCGCAAAUUCAGUUUGAUAUUUCCGAUGAUGAGUUCCAAUCACCCGGUCUAAUUCUGAAUUCAAACGACUUUGAUUUUCUACUGUCACGAGGUGCACCAUCAGGUGAAAUUAAUCCGCGUGACUCAAUACUCGAGCGAUUCGAUCCAAUUUUAGGCAGAAAAUCAAUUGUACCUGCGCCAUUGAUCAACAAAGCCGAACCAAUCAGUGCAGCUCCAUCCAUCUCGACGAUUCUCGAAGUCGACUAUAGCAUCACUGAGUCAGUCAAAUCGAAUGAAUCAUUGUCGUCUGAAAAAUCUCCAAUUGCGAAUGCGAAUGCGGCAGUAGACGACAGUGGUGACAACGAAUCAAUCGCGAAACUGGAAUCAAUCGAAAAGCUAGACACAAACAUCGGGGGUGACGGCGAUAACUCACAAGCAUCAAGCACAACCGAAACGUAUGAAACAGCCUCCAUUGGUGAACCGUUAAAAGCUGAUGUCACAAUGAGCGUCGGUUUGAUACACGACCUUAAAAUGGAUAACAUGAAAUCACUGGAGCAAGACAAAGUGGAACCACAUCUCAAAAUGAACGACGAACACAAAGUCAAACAAGAAAUGGUCGGAGAUAUUGAACGCAAACUCAAGGAAGCAGAAGCUCGCGAAGAGGCAUUGCUUCGGCGAAUCACAGAAAAGGAAAAGGCUUUGAACAAAAUGAGUGCGGUGGUCGAAAACUAUGAAAAAACGAUGGUUGAAAUGAUUUCGGAACGUGAACAAAUCACACAGAACUAUGAGAAACAAUUGAUGCAAUUGAAAACCGAACGUGACGCUAAUUUCCAUCAUCUCACGUCAUUGGAAAACACUUUCUCGGAUUUGCAUCUAAAAUAUGAAAAGAGCAAGCAAAUGGCGCUCGAGGUCAAAGACAGCGAAGCCAAGCUGAUUGAAAAGCUAGAGUUUAGCCAGCAACAGAUGAAACUGCAAGAGCAACGCUAUGACAAACUGAAAAAUCAUGCUCUCUCACAGCUCGAAGGUGCCAAUGCAAAAUUGGAAACGCUUACCAAAGCCCAUACGAACGAGAUGAAAAAGUUGAUGGCACAGUUGAAAAAGGAGGAGAUAUCGCGGCUAUCAAUUACGGAGCAAUUGGCACAAAAGACGAAGGAAAAUGAUGAAUUGGUGAAAAUAUGUGAUGAAUUGAUCAACAAUGGUUCCGAUGGCAGUUAAAGCAAGAAUCUUUAGGAAGGCCAUAUCGAUAAGACAUAGCGUUGAGUUAGUAUUAGGGCAUGUUGAAACAGUGAACUGAAAUUGGAAGGCCGUCAUUGGCAUUGCACAUACUAAUAAUACUGUUCGGAAAAAAACAAUAAGUAAUUCAACAGAGAAAUCAAUAUUAUAAUUUACAUUUCAUCCCAGUUUACUUAGGUUAUAAAUUAUUCUCGAACGAAUAUGCAUUACAUAUUUUAUUCAAAUUUCCAACUACAUAUUGCAGACAAAUUGGGCGAAUCUAAUCAAACAUGUACUAUGAACGAAAGAAAAAAUUAAUCGGCAAUCGAUUCCAUUUGUAUGCUAUAUCGAACCAUCAAAUAAGCAAACUACCCAAAGUCUGACCAAUAUAUUUUGUGUGAGCUUCGAGCAAAAAUAAAAUCAUCAAUUCCUUUAAUUCAUGCUCGUCGUCGUUCAUAUUUUUUUUUCCAAAUUGUUAAGUCACCAGAACAACAUCAUCAUUUCUGUAAAUCUUAUCACUGAGCUAAGCAUCUAGAUUUGCUAUUUAGUAGAAAACAUCACAAGAAACUCGAUUCAUGAUAUUCGAUAAAAAAAAAGAAUCUUCUUUAACAGACGAUAUAAAAUCGGCGAGUUUUCUGAAUGUGUGCCGAUCCGAAUUGCUGGCUCGUUUUUCUUUCAAAUUUGAAUGAAAAUAAACCUUUUGUGUACAUGAAA